GUCUGUUUGAAACUGCUCUCACAAAUAGACGCGCCGCGGGGAUGCACCGGCCCGAUUUGGGCAAGCUCGCCGUCUUCUUUGGCACGAGUGACGCCGACUGGACGCAGUCGGGGCGUCAGUUCCUCCUCGGCGUCGCGUACACUCAGGCCAUCCUUGGCUUCACAAACUUUCUCUUCGCAGGGGUCAUCCUCUGGAGCUUCACGGACGGCGACGCCAAACUCGUGGAUGCAACGUCGCCCAAGACGACUGCGAUCGUGUUUUGGCUCCUCGCACUCUGCUACGCGUAUGCACUGUGGCCGUCCAGCGGCGGCUCGCGCGUCUUCGUGAGCUCGUCACCCACCGUCAAGCACCUCCCGGCCAUGCGGCGGCUCGCAGCGAUUCGGCCGUCGCCCAACGUCGAGCUUGGCAUGAGCCACACGGUUGUGAUCAUGUGCCAGACGUACUUGGCGCAGCUCAUGGCGUCGACGCUCACGCAAGGUGGCGUUGCGACCACUUACGGCGCCAUGGUGGUCCUCAACGCGACCGUGACGCCGAUCUUUCUCUUCACCAAGAGCGCGCGAUCCAAGCGCCUCCUCCUCGACCUCCUCGACGCGUUCCUCUCGUUUACGCUCACGAUCGGUAUCUCGCUCGUCAUGUUUCUUCUGCCGCUCUUCCGUCAUCAGUUCUUCUCGACCUGGGGCACGAACCACCCGUGCGAGUGGUAUGCGUCGUACCUUGGUGCGAUCCGCAUCUUCCUCGUCAUGCCGCCGCUGCAGCUGGCCUCGACUGUCGUGCCCAACCUCGUCGUCGUGCUCUCUCUGUGCCAGACGCUCUCGACGCUCCGGACGAUGCCCAUCAAGUUGCCGUCCCUGCGCACGACGGUGUCGCCGUCAAGCAGACUCAGCAUCUCGAGAGCCACCAAGUCGGGCCCCGAGGUCUGCCGUGCGUCGGCCUCUCUCUCGUCGCUCGUGCACAGUGCCAGCGGCGAGUGGCGAAAGCGCUUUACAUUCGACCAAGCCAACAUGCGAUUCGUCGUGACCAUCUUUUUCUUGAACGUUGCGUGGGGGCUUGCAGUUCUCGGGCUCUUGCUGCACGCGGUGUAUGUACCGAGGACGUGUCCGAGCUAUUGCGUCGCGAGCUCGCUUCCGUGGUUUGACGACGGGUGCUCGUGCAUUUACGCGCGCCUCCAGUGCGCGGUCGACAACGCCACGGUUGACGUCGACAGCUUCCUUACGGCGCACGCGCUCGGCACCAACGUUCUCAUUUUGAAGACCGUGGGCUGUCGCGCGCCACCGUUGCGCCACGUCAUGUCCUUUCCACGCCUGUUUCGACUGGACAUUGAAUUCUCCAAUAUGACGUCGUGGGACGUCCGGCAGCUCCCGCCGUCGCUGCGCAUGCUGAUCUUGCGCUACAGCAACCUGAGCUCCAUUCCGCCCGCGUUGCAAGCCCCCGGUGACGCGCUGCGCGUCCUGCACUUUAUCGGGUCGCCCGUCGGCGACGUGCCGGGGCCGGUGUGGGCCAACUGGACGCAGCUGACGACGCUGUGGCUGUCGGACACACAAAUGAGCCGCAUCCCAGACGCCAUCGCCGAUCUCACGAGUCUCGAGGAUUUGGUGCUGAGCGCGAAUCGGAUAACAUCGCUUCCGCCGUCGCUCCUGCAGCUGGCCACCCUUCGGCGUCUCGCGCUCGACAGCAACCCCAUCGCAACGUUCCCACAGGCGCUGUUGGAGGCCAAACCAAAGCUGGAGCUGGCGCUCGACCACACGCAGAUAUCAGCGGUCCCCGACUCGACCGUCGUGCGCGCUGCGAUAGCAUCCGGCGCCGUCCAACUACACGCGACGCCGUUUUGCGCAACGGCCGUCGGCGCGAGCUUUGCCUCCGGCGCGUGCUCACCGACGUGCUCGUCCACGUGCUCGGUGUUUCACUGGCGCGACGACUUCUGCGACCCGCUGUGCUACUCGCCGUCGUGCGCGUUCGAUGGCGGCGACUGCCCGAUGGUGUGA